AUGGAAUUGGCUUGGACUUUUUCUCAACACGGACUUAGGAAAUCAGCUUGGACUUUCUUUCAAAACAGAUUUGUGGAAUCGGCUUGGACUUUUUCUCGAAACGGUCUUGUGGAAUCGGCUUGGACAUUUUCUCGAAACAGACUUGUAGUAAAUUUUUUAUGGACUUUUUCUCGAAAUGAACUUGUGACUUUCUCUCAAAAUGGACUUGUGGAAUCGGCUUGGACUUUCUCUCAAAACGGACUCGUGGAAUCGGCUUGGACCUUCUUUCAAAAUGGACUC